UACUCCAAGGAUUCGGUUUGAGUGAAGUAUUUUUUUAAAGCACCACGGCACACGAUAGCCUACGCUAGAAAGGACUAUUUCAGUGAACUAGCAAACCUUAACUAGUUCUAGCUAACGUAAAUUUCAGCUGAAUUCACACGGCGGCCGUUCUGUCUUAUUCAGCUCCUUUAACGCAAGCGAGUGUUUUAGACAGUAGUCACUACCACAGGCUAGGUAGCAAACGAAUAGCAAGCUAGCUCGGUUGUUAGCCACCUUGCUGGGGUCGAGUACACAUUUGCUUGGGACGCAUAUGCUGAUUAAAAUCAAGUGAAUGUGGUGUAUUUCCAACUCUACAUUCAGCCAUGAUAUCGUUGGUUGGAGGUCUAUCAUGUUGGCUGGCUAGUAUUAGCUAACGUUAGCUUAGCUACGGCCAGCCUUGACGUCCAGUCCUGGCUUGGUGUUACAGGACUAUUCCACGUAGUUACCGAGUUUCCUCCCGGGAACACUGUUUUCAUCUGAACUCGCCGUAUUUCACCAUUCUGGAGGUUGGGUUUAUACACGCUGUACUUUGCUUUUGGAUUUUUUAAAGAAGCAUUUUCAUUAUUUCUUUACGAGGGUUAGAGUUGGAUAUCUACAGAGGUUAGUUGCGUGCUUUGGAAAAAUGGAUGCGGGGAUCGAAAAGGAAUGCAGCGCUCUAGGAGGGCUUUUCCAGCUCAUCAUGAACGACAUGAAGGCGAGUUAUCCAGCGUGGGAGGAUUUUGUCUCCAAAGGAGCAAAGCUGCAAUCUCAGUUAAGGGCGACCAUCCUGGUGACAGGGUCGUUCCUGGAUGCCUUCCAGAAGGUAGCCGACAUGGCCACUGGAACCAGAGGUGCAACCAAGGAGAUUGGCUCGGCCUUGACCCGGAUGUGCAUGAGGCACAGGAGCAUCGAGUCCAAACUGAAGCUGUUCACCACGGCCCUGACAGACGGGCUGGUUGCUCCCCUGGAGAUGAAGAUCGAGGAGUGGAAGAGAGUGGCCAGUCAGCUGGACAAGGACCAUGCCAAAGACUAUAAGAGGGCCAGAGCUGAUAUCAAGAAAAAGUCCUCAGACACCAUCAAGCUGCAGAAGAAGGUCAAGAAAGGGAAGGGUGAGGUGAGGGGCCAGCUGGACAGCGCUCUACAGGAUGUGAACGUUCGUUACGCGGCGCUGGAGGAAACGGAGAAGAGGGCCGUGUGCAGGGCUCUCAUCGAAGAGAGAAGCCGUUACUGCUCAUUCGUUAACCUGCUCAAACCCGUUCUGGAUCAUGAGAUCAGCAUGCUGGGAGAAGUAACACACCUGCAGACCAUCCUGGAAGACCUGAGCAGCCUCACAGCUGACCCACACGCCCUGCCCCCCGCCAGCGAGCAGGUGAUCCUGGACCUGAAGGGCUCUGACUUCAGCUACAGCUACCAGACCCCUCCUGCCUCCCCGAGCAACACCCUGUCCCGCAAGAGCAGCAUCAGCAGUACGUACCAGUCUGCUCAUGGUCCCUCUCUGGACUCCCUCUCCUGUGCUGUGGACGGGGUGCACCUGAGGCCGCCCUCCAUGGACCCGGCCCAGUGCUUGGCUGGUGGUCCUCCAGGGUCCAGGAGUGGGCAAGAUGAUCCCGGUCCUGAGAACGGCACUGCACACACACAUGGGGAGAGAGCCAGAGCCAUGUCUGCCUCCUGGAAGCCUCCUACAGCCAGGGAGCAGCUGGCCCUGGCGUUGGGGGCGGGGCUAAACUGUGACGGGCCCCGGAGCAGCAGAGAUUCCCUGCACUGCUCUUCCGGCUACAGCACCCAGACCACCACGCCCUCCUGCUCUGACGACACCAUCCCCUCUCACGCUUUAAAGAAAGAACCCCCUAUCUAUGACUACGACUCCAUCUCCCUCCACGGAGGGGAGGAGCUCCACCAUGGCCAUCCCGACUUCGACAAGUCCUCCACCAUUCCCCGCAACAGCGACCUCGUCCUCAACUACCGCAAGCUCCUGCAGACCAAGCGCCCCGCCUCCACAGUCAGCCUGCUGGCGGAGCCCGAGCCCCUCUCGUCGCGCUCCUCCCACACCGCCACCAUCCGCAGGAAACCCUCCUCCAAGCCGGCCUACCGGCGCGGCACCAUCAGUGGGGGGCUCCCUAUCCCCAUCUGCACCCCCCAGGUGCCCCUCAAGGCCAUGGCGGGGGGCGGCGGGGGUGCGGGCGGCAGCCAGGAGAACAUGGCGCCCCCUGGAGGUCUGGGCCAUGCCAAGCACGGCUUGUGUACCUCCACCCAGAGCCUGAGUGCCAUGCCUUCUUCCUCUCAGUACUACUCCCUGGGGCAGGGACUGGUCCCGGGGCAGGGGCAGGGACUGGUCCCGGGGCAGGGGCAGGGGGCUGCUCAGGGCAGCUCAGAGCAGCUGUAUCAGCUCAGCAAGCAGCAGCAGUAUGCUCUGCACCAGCAGCAGCAGAGACAGUACCACGCUCAGCUGCAGCAGCAACAGCAGCAACAACAACAGCAACAGCAUCAACAACAUCAAAAACAACAGCAAGAACAACAACAGCUGCAGCAACAACAACAACUUCAAAAACAACAGUUGCAUCAGCAGCAGCUGCAUCAACAGCAACAGCAGAUGCAACAACAACGUCAACAACUACAAAAAAUGCAACAAUCACAACAACAAUCACAACAACAGCAACAACAGCACCUGCAGCAACCUGAACCACUGCAGCUGAAUCAACAGCUGUACCAGCAGACACAACAACAACAACAAGCAGAGCAACAUUACCAGCCGCAGCCGUCCCAAAGCCUGCCCCCCCAGGCGGAGGACCCGGGGCCCCCCCAGCAGCAGCCCCCGGAGGACGGGGCCCCCGCCCAGGGAGGGGGGCACAUGCUCACUAUGAUUCGAGGGGUUAAACUACGUCGGACCCUCACCAACGAUCGCUCCGCCCCCCUCAUCCCCACCCCGCCCAAUCACCUCUGAGGAUGAGCGUUCGCUCCGCCCCCUUCAUCCCCGCCCAAUCACCUCUGAGGAUGAGGACAUGGGCUACGAUGGGAUGCCCCCCGUAAGAUGAUCUACCCCUAAACCCCCCGGGGUACCCCCUUACCCCCCUGGUGUAACCCCUAACCCCCCCCACCCCGUGUUGUCUCUCAAUCACAGUUCAGCUCUUUGCCUGUUAAGAUGUACGUUUUAUGGUUUUGUGCUCGUUUUUUUUUUCUGUAGAGGGGAGAGGUGAAGGUUUUAUAGACAAUCUUGUUUCAGCCAACAAACAACUGACUCUGAACACACUGUCCAAUCAGAGUUCCGUAUUCGGCUGACGGAAUGUUGCCUCGGUUUGAAUGUGCUACGUUCACAUUAGCAUCUAGGUAAUGCAGUAAGAUGUCUUGAUGAUACAAUGUUCCUAUAUAACUGUGGAGUAACAGAAAUGAAGAUGCCUUGCUAACAGUAGUCUUAUUGCUUACUUCGUGAUGUAACUCUUAUGUGUGUAUAUAAGGUCCUGCGGUUGCCAGGUCUGUGUUGUUCGAGAGAAUGGAUCUAAAGAUUUGUCUUUGGGUGCUCUUAUUUUUUUAUAAAAUUCCCCCGGAUGUGCUGUAGCUUCAGCUUAUAGCUGCAGAACCAGAAACACAGCUGAUCUGGGGUCAGUAGGGCUUCUGGGUAUUGUAGUUCUUGGGUCUUACGCGCUUCAGCCUAUUUAUUCAGUUGAUUGCUUUUGAUGUGCCCCCUCCCCCAUUACACACACACACACACCUAGUUCUUACUUACCUUGACCAAAUGUAACCAUGUUUAAAUAUCUGUCAGUAUCGUCAGUGACGGUUCUGGUCCAAGUUGGCGGAUGAUUGAGUGUCACCCAGCUGGACUGGGCCAUUCUAUUUUAUCCCACUUUUUUUGUGGGCGGGGGGGGUGUUCAGGAAGGUGACUGGGAGCAUUAGAUGUGUUCUACAAGGUGAACCAGAACUCUAGAUGUGUUCUAGAAGGUGACUCGGAACUCUAGAUGUGUUCUAGAAGGUGAACCGGAACUCUAGAUGUGUUCCAAGGGAGCAGGCACUUGUGGAAUGGAAGUUGAGAAAGGAUUUUUUGAGGGUUGGCAUGUUUGAUUAGAUUGAUGUUUGAUUGGUUCUGGUUAACAUUAGCUGCUUAGCAUUAGCUGCUUAGCUUUAGCUGCUUCGCUUUAGCUGAAAAGUUCAAAAGCUCACUGUGCAAAGCUGUUACUGCCAGCUUGAACUGCCUGCAGUUUUUAUUGGAGAUGGGUUUUUUAUUAGACAUUUUCAAUGCUCUUAAAUCCAACAAUUGCAAAGAUGCACAGCCUACCCAAAGUCUUGUCGAUUAGUGUUGUAAAAAUAAAGCGAUUUUACGUUCUUUUCCCCAUAUUUUCCACAAGCUGCGAGGCUCCCUAACCAGAGCACAUCCAUCUCACGCUCAGAGAACAAGAUGAUCACAAUCUUGGAACGCACCUUUUGAAAGUGUUACAAAAGGUAAUCACCACACACACACACAGAUUAGAGCCCCAGUCUCAGCUGGAUCUGCCGGCCUAAGCAUCUUCCCAGCACCGUCAGACAGAUGGCCCCGCCACAGUCCCUUCAGAUCAGGAGCUCAUCCAGAACACAAAGGUAAACAUGGCGGGGGUGUAAAAGGCAGGGCUGGGGUUAGCGAUGCCCGGAACCCUGAACCUGAGGAUACUGUAGAUGUGGUUCUGGAGAACCUGAGGAUUCUGUAGAUGUGGUUCUGGAGAACCUGAGGAUUCUGUAGAUGUGGUUCUGGAGAACCUGAGGAUUCUGUAGAUGUGGUUCUGGAGAACCUGAGGAUUCUGUAGAUGUGGUUCUGGAGAAUGUGGGGGUCUGGAGAUGUAAUUCUGGAGAAUGUGGGGGUUCUGUACAUGUGUUCCUGGUCUAGAAGGGGAGUUGAUCUCCCGGCAGUAGCGAUGCAUCUUUAUCCUCAUUAGAAAAGCUGAAGCCUUAAUCAAAAAGUGAGAUUUUAAAAUAAAAUGUUCUGAAAGUG